UCUCUCUCCUCUCUCUUCAGUCUUUCUGUUUCUCUCAUCUCGGCUGUCUAUCCCUUCCCCUCUCCUCUCUCCCUCCUCUCCACAAUACCACCUAUUUUUAGUCAACUCCUGAGUUUGCUGCGAGUAGGAUAUCAUGCUCUGUACGGCUGCCAUAUUCCCACUGAGCUUGGAAGAAAAGGAGGCCAGCCAUGCUUCCAGCUACCACCAGCAGCACAGGAAAAUGAGACGCUCUCUCACCUCUAGCUCUAGCCCCGAAAGUCCCACUUCCAGGCAGCCACUCCGUUUAAAGGAGCGGCGCUCUCCUAUCCAUUUCUUCCCCAGUUUCAACAGCGCUGAGCCGCCUUUCAACCGCACUCAGAUCCCCCUUCCAUUCGAUAUAUUGACCGAUCUACCUGUAGAGAUCUCCCUCUCCAUUCUUUCCUAUCUUUCCCCGCAGGAACUGAUACGUGUCUGCCUUGUCUGUAGAAAAUGGUACACUCUUGCUCAUGAUAGAGUACUAAGGAGAAAGCGUCUUGCAUUUGUUCGAAACCAAAGGCUCAACUUCCAGCUGUCGAAAGAGAAUUACAUCACUGCCCAACAGUCAUUGCCCCAACCUUCCCCAGUGCCAGCUGGUGGUUCCAGGCCAGUGCUAAGUCCUGUCAACUUCAUAGAGCCUCGUCACUCGCGAGCACACAGCGAACCUCACUACUUCCAGUUCCAGCAACCUUCCUCUCCCUCUUGGUCCCACCUCCGAACGCCCGGCUCCGCCUUCUCUAGUGUCGUUGACGGGGUCGAAAGACUUUCCUUAAAACCCGAAGCAUCCAACAUAAGGCGUUGUCUUUUCCCGGAGGAUAAAGAUAUGGGCGUGACCCGAUCUCACUCUCGUAGAACCAAUCGACGUCCCGAUUACCAGGGAAGCGGUCGGUCGACUGUGGACCUCGUCGCCUGUAAGAGAACAAACAAGAGUCGUCUUAGGAGACUUUGAGGCUCCACCUUUCAACCACGCCCACAAUAAUCAGAUGUUUCCCCGUCUUUAAAAACUCCGCCCCAACAUUAUUAUGAUAUUUAUUCUAUCUUUACUUUUUAGCGUGUUUCCCCUACUAAUUUCCCCAUACAACUUGCUCUUCUUUCACUUGCCCUUCCUCCAGUCAUCGGUUUAUUUUCUUGUUCAAAUUGUCACCAAAAUAUUUGUCAUCAGAUUUUCUUCCUCUGAUACUGGACUAUCAUGACAUUAAAAAAAGACUCUGACAGACCUUUACUUGCUCCUGUUUUGCUCACUCUAUCCUGAAAGACUAAACGUUGUGUUCCUUAACAUCAAUUAUAAAUAUAAUAAAAACUGUUAUUGCCGUUAUUGAUUAUUGUGUUUUAUUAUGAUCACUAAAACUGUGUUGUUAUAAUGAAAAA